AUGACUCAUACCUUCAAAGCACCAAGAAUGGCUGUGAUGGCUAUUACUUGGUCCAACUGGAAUUUCUUCUGGUCUCUGUCCCUGAACCUUGUCCACCGUAAUGUCAUCUAUCGCUUCCUCACCCACACCAUCCCGACCAAACGCCUGCUACACUACUUUGAGAUAGCUGAGUCACCUCUCUGCCCAAUCUGUGGUAACGAAGAAAAUGCUGUACACUUGUUUUUCCUCUGUUCCAGUAAGGCAUCCAUCUGGAAAGCUAUCAUCUUUGAAUUUUUGUGGCCAACCGUUUCGAUUGGUGAUAUUAUCCAAGCCUGUUCCUCGCUUGACUUUGAAAACAUCAAGUAUGUCUCCAAAUCAUACAUCACUGCUCACAUGGUCGUACUGGUAACACUUGGCAACAUUUGGCGAGCUCAAGUUCGUAUGAUCUUUCACUCGACUCCAUUUAUAUGGAUCGAUGUGGUCCAGCAGAUCAAGAACGAGCUCCUUCAACUACAUGCCCAAACUGAAAUUCACAAGCAAUUGUAA